GUGUGUGUGCCAGUUUGUCGAUGGGCUCCUGAGACAUUUUGAUAUUUUCGCGCUCGCCUUCGUGCUUCCUGACGCUUGUUUUAACUUUCUUUUUCUUUUUAAACUACUCUGAAGUGUCGUCUCAGUAAACGUGAAAGUGAAGAUGAAGUUUACUGGCAAGCACGUGGCGAGCCAACAAAAUGUGAUCAGAGGUGUUUGGUCCGUGUUGACCUGCUGCAUCCUCCUUCCUUGCAUCUCUUAUUCUGGUUUAUUGAAGUUGAAAAUUGCUGAACUUGUAAAAGUCAAUUCAGGAGAGGAUGUUUUGCUCCCAUGUAAUUUCCCCUGCAUCGAAGAUGUUCUUCUCAAAGUACUGACUAUUGAAUGGCUUUUCCAAAGCAAUGAUACAUCUCAUGUUGUUUAUUUUUAUGACUUGAGUACAAACCAAACCAAGAUAAACCCCAUCUAUCAGGACAGAAUGCAGACUUUUCACAGACAGUCAUCUUGUGGGAAUGCCUCACUUCUUUUCCGUGAUGUUUACCUCAAUGACACUGGAACUUUCACCUGCAACGUGUUCACACACUGGAGUCGGGGAGCAGGUAAACUGCAGCUGUUGGUGCUAUCAGGUGAUUCUGGAAUGACAGACAGUCCUACAGCUGAGACCCGGCAGAAGCCAACUGGCCAAGAAAGGACACGCUGGUGGUCUUGGGUAUUUUCACUGGCACUGGUCAUCAUUUUUGCCAUUUGUGUUGGCAUUUACAAGUGCAAUACACGUGCCAAUGAAAAUGAAGAAAGACUCCUGCAAGUGGCACAUUAAAAGGAGACUGGCAUCAAACGAUUUGGAAAUGUGCUAACAUGGCAACUAUGAAAACGCCUGGACUGGGUCUGCAGCUCUUUUUUAAAUGGUUUAUGAGAAAAACAAAAUGAAUUCCAG